AUGUACAUAAGAAAUGCUGUCGUAACUAGUGAAUUGGCUAUUCGUAUGGCAGUAGAAUCCGUACGAAAUAAGAAUAUUCUUCCAGACGUCGAACUCAAUAUUACUCGUUAUUAUUCAUACGAAGAUGAAUCUUCUCUUAGCGCAAUAGAAACAUUCAAAAUGGUUGAAAGCAACGUAGAUGCCGUCAUAGGUGACGCUGAUCCUGGAUUAACUAGAGCCAGUGCAUCAAUCACUAGUCUUUUUAGUGUACCUCAGUGUUCUGCAGCCUCUGGAACUUUUGGUCUACCAGACAGAGAUGCCUACCCUUUCUUUUUUCGCACGGUUGGCAGCAUCACAUCUCACGCCUAUGCUCUAGGCGCUUGGAUGAAGAAUAUGGGAUGGGAAACGUUUUCACUUUUAUACAGUGCCGAUGCUUUAGGCGAUCGAGUUGCUGAUAUACUCAAUGAUCGAGGAGAGCAAUAUGGAUUUUAUUAUGCUCGAUCUUACCGCUUUUCUCAUGCAACGGAUGAAAGUAUUGAGCAGGCACUGACAGAAUUAAACCGCUCAGGCUCCCGUAUAGUCAUCUUGGCAUUUUCAAGGCCCUAUCAGCAAGUCAAUGUAUUACGUAAAGCAAGGGAAAUGGGCUUCAUGUCCAAAGGAUGGGUCUGGAUGGUUGCUGACGAUUUAGCAAACAAUUUCCUCCAAAAUAUAAAGGAUGAUGAUGAUGGUGAUGCCGUGACGGCUUAUAAUGGGCUCAUGUACAUUAGUACACUCUGGAACUUGACUGGGCUACCGGCCUUUGACGAGUUUCAAGCAAAAUGGCGACAACAGCCCGUCCCGUCAGAUUACUCUGAUCCGAGUAACUGGACUACAACAAGUUUAAAUUACGGUGCUGCGCAAGCUUAUUCUUGUCUCGAGCUGCUCACCCUCGGUAUCAAUAAGGCGCUUGACCAGUACUCCGGUGGCCGGGAAAAGGGAUUGCAAGACUUGGCUAGUGACACAUUUAACACGAGUUCGAUGACACCUAUGUUCUAUAAUUUUAACUAUUCUGGGCCUGCGGGCGACUUGACAUUCACUGAUACAGGUGAUCUACGAAAUGGCUACUUUCGACUUUUUUAUUUACAAAAUGGCAUUGCUGUGCCUUAUGCCAAUAUAAGGCUUGACAGUUAUGAGUCAAUCAAUAACCACAUCAUCUAUCCUGGAAACACACAAGAAAAGCCUCCAGAUAUUGCGAUUCAUCAAUACAUGAAUCCUACUCCCACAUCUCCUUUGGGCAUUGCCAUUCUUACUGUCUGUGGCGUUGGCUUAUUCUUUUGCUUACUCAUGGCCAUACUUAUCUUCUUUCAUAGACAUCUAAAACCAAUCAUGAUAUCCAGUCCGGUCUUUUGCUAUCUUCAGCUACUUGGUAUAUCCAUGUGCUAUAUCACUCUCAUUCUUCUUGUGAGACAGCCAACACCAGCAACCUGUGUUUCCAGGCAGUUCCUAUUUUGUAUGGGGUUUACCUUUGUUGUGGGAAGCAUCAUUGCUAAAAAUUACAGAAUUUACAAAAUCUACCAAAAUGUCUUCACUAUCCGCACCUCAAGGCUCAAAUCCUCCUAUCUCUUACGGCUUGUUGGUAUUUUUCAGAUCUUUGUAGUGGUGCCACUGGCGGUCUGGAAUAUUGUGUAUCGUGCUCAAGUGGUCAGCUAUCAACUCUUUGAGACUGACUUUUGCUGGGUAUGUGAGUAUCCAACAGCAAAGAAUGGUCAGUGGGGACGAUUUAAUCUGGCACAGAUGUUUGUCCUGAUAUGGCUCUUUCUGCUCAUCUUAACUGCCUGUUUUCUUGCGUUCAAGACAAGGGAUGUAAGUAGCAAAUGGUCUGAGACUACUCAAAUUGCUUAUGUGAGCUAUAACUUGAUUGUCUCUGCUUCUGUCAUGGUGCCUGGAUUACUCUUGGGGAAUGACUAUUAUGAUAUCUCACUUUACCUCUAUGUUGCCUCUCUCAUGUUUGGUUCAACCUUUACCCUGAUCACCAUAUUUAUUCCCAAGUUCGUAGUCAUAUCUAGACAUAUCCUUCAAAAUAGCAAAAAAUUCAACAUUUAUCGCAUGAAUUCUGACAGUCAGAACCAAAUGUCGAUUCAUUCUACAAAUUCUAUGGAUCAAAACAUCCAGUUGAAUUUGGUAGCCAAGAACAUGUACGACUUUACAGUACAAGCUCAUGAGGGUAUAUUGCCUGUAAAGAAGAUGGCUAAAUUUGACUUUCUUUCUAUUUGGACCUUGAAGCAUGUGGUGCUAGUACCAUUUAAAAAAUAUUUCAUUCUCUCUGAGAAAUCAGGCGAGAAUGCCACUGUUUACCAUUAUGUCAGCUGUGAGCCAGCCCUGGUGGGCAGCACAAAUCACUUUACUUUCCGUGUACGCACAGAUAAAAGUAUGUACUUUUUAUUCCAAGUAUACGAUCGUGAAUCAUUAGAUCGUUGGGUCAAUUGGUUCAACCGAGACCCUUCAACCGAACGAGGCAUUUCUCCUAAUGCAGGACGUAACAACGACGAUAACAAUAACGACCCAGAUGAUCCUCCAACCAGUCCUGAUAGGGCUGCAGUGAAAGUGCCCAAGAGUGAAUCGGCUACAUUUGGUAAUAUGCAAUCCGAGAUGCUCUAUAACUCAUCAACACCGAGCUUUCAGCAAAACUCUAGCAUUCCUCAAUCCUAUCCCACCUCCUCCUCUCUAUCCCGCUCAGCAAAGCAAGGACCCGUCGGAACACGUAGCAUUACUUCACCGUACGCAUCCUACGUUACCAACAGUAAUUUUGACGUGUCUGGUGCACCUCAUGUUACUUCACCUUAUACAUCAUUUACUACCUCCAAUCCAAACUUUGGUCGUGGCAACUUGCCAUCUAACCAGCAAAAUUCAUUUGGUGUGAUCAAUGAAAACGCGUGGCAAAGAUACCCAUAA